AUGAAAGAACAUAGUGGAACCUCCAGUCGUUGGGCGGCGAACAAGCGUGGUCGCGAAGCAACGAAGAGGACGUUUACGCUGAGUAGCGUAGGAGCUGGGUUAACGAACCGAAGUGAGGGACUGAUCGAAGCUACUGAAGCGAAGAGAAGCCGCCAGCUCCUUCAUAGCUAUCUUAUAGUCAUGAGCGCCGAUAGGCUACUUUUAGUCGCCCCUACUCUCAUCAGCAUGACGCGGGUUGGGUUAGGGGAACAGCCGAGCGAUUGCCUUCGCGGAUCAAACGCGCUCACAAGGCGCACGACAGCAGAGGGAGGUCUCGGAACGAACGAAGCGGACUGCAAACAACCAACGGCGAAAGCAAGAGAUUUGAGCUGGAUAAAAAGUAUCAGCCACGAGACAAACUCAAUCAAUGGGAGAUUCUCCCGUGGAUUCCUAAUAGGUUCCCGCCGUAAGGAUGUUGAAGAUUGGUGGUACCGGCGUUCUCCAGGAAACUACCAAGGGGCGACGGCUCGCUCUUCGUCCGUCUUGAUCGGUGAUGACAUCCUCACCAGCCAGCGGGGAAAUAUCGGGUCAAGACCUGAGCUAGGGCAGCUACGAGGUUCCCGCUCCAAUGCCUGGAGCGGCAGCGGAAGCAGAACAGAACCCUCCUUUCUUUUGAUUGGGAGGGACGACCUCUCUCUCCUUGAGAGGAAAGUUCUCUACAAAAGGCCCACGCGGUUUCAUAAUCGGACGGAGAUGUGCCGCUGA